AUUUAACUUCAGCUCCACUGUUCUAAUAGAAGAAACCCGAAUAAAUCCCAGACUUGAUCUCGUUCAACGUACGAAACUAUUAUCUCUCAAUGCGUUGCUGCGGACCUCCAAACCAUCACAAAUACAUCUUACGAAUAUCCGAUGGCUAGUAACGGUGUGAGUGAGGGAAGCCCUCACACCUAUACCAACACUCCAAAAGACCUACCUAGCGUAGUACCCCCGGAAGAAGAUGAAUCCGAAUGGGAAUACGAAUACUCGACAACCGAGACGGAGACCUUCUACGUAACCCUCGACCUCUCCAAAGCCGAUUUCACCAGCCGCGACGCUAGCACGGUUAACCGCCCAGGCUACCGCGGCGGCGAAAAAGUCGAACGGGCGAAGAUGUACCUAAACCGACGAAUGAGCAACGCCAACGCCAACAACAUCGACGACGACCUCAGCUCCUCCAACUCCUCCGACAACGAACUUCCCCAGCCCCCCAAACCGAAACCAACAAAAGCCCCACAGCCCGCGCCCGACCCAACCGACGACUUCGACGACCACCAAGUACAGAUCAUGGAGCUGCACUCGCAAAACCCCAUAAUCUCGUACAAAGGGCGCAUCUACACCGGAGCCUGGAGCGCGAACGUAGGAACAGAGCUGCUCCUCACACGGCGCGAAGACGACGCCCCGGUCCCCGCGCUACGGCAUCUCGACCACGACGUGGAGCUGCUAGCAGCGAGCAGCGCGCGUGUGACCGUGCGAGAGAUAACCCUGCGGCCAAAAGACGACACGUUAGAACGACAGCGCAACGCGCUGCUCCCGCGGGAGCGAAGCGCGUUGAGCUCGCUAGUACCUCCUGCGGAGCGGUGGAGCACGCGGGAGAGGGUUGACCAGGGGAAUUUCCUGGCUCGGCUGAUUGCGCUGAAGAAGGAGAGGGGGGAGGUGGAUGAUGUGACGGUUAUAGCGAAGGGGGUGGAGAGGGGGGAGAAGGGGAGGUUGGUGAAGAGGUUGAAGAAGGGGAAGCAGGGACAUCGCGGGAAGUUCAAUUUGCCGCAUGUGAGAGGCCCGAAGAGGGCGAGGGGGUCGGAGUUGUUGAGGACGUUGUCGAUUCAUGAGAGGGGGGAGAGUGAGGUGGAGGGGGUAGGUGAGGGGAGUGGGGGGUCGACGCCUACGCCUAGGCGGUGGGAGGAUCUUGGGGGUGAGGAGGGAGAGGAUGAAGAGGAAGGGGUGGAAGAAGGGGAGGAAGAAGAAUUGGAGGGAGAAGAUGAGGGUGAAGAUGAUGAAGCGAUGGAUGAUAUCAAUGAAGAGGGCGAGAACGAAGAGGAUGAGAGUGAAGGGGAUGGUGAUGAGGAAGACGAAGAUUCGGGCCAAAGUGGGUCUGACUCCGGUGAUUCAGCUGAAGCUAUGGACUUGGAUGAACCAUAGUGAUUGUACCAGGUACUUUGAUCAAUUCACGGCUACCAUUUCGCCAUACUAGCUUGAGGUUCAAUUCGGGGGUGGCAAGUGAUAUAUGUCCUUGGAAUAGGUUGCAUUUUAUCUAUUCCCGUUUGUGGAACAUUUGAGAAUCUACCUAUAUGUAGAUGCCCUCUAGCGCUACAGCUGGGGAGGGCGGAAUCCCUUAAAGCUGGGGUAUUUUCAAGUUAUUGAACGGAUGAUCAUCCAUAUUCCCAACCCCUGAAAGGUACCUAUACAGCCUUAAAAUAAGUCAUCGAUGCUCUUAUCCGCAUCUUUCUUGAUUAAGUCCACCAUGCCCUGAGAACACAAUUACACGUUAGCUAGCUACUCAUUUGUUUAUUUCAACAGUGGAGGUACACAUCGUAGUCAAGGAAGA